UCUCCUGACGCUGAUUUCUGUACGCCGCAAUUAUAUCUACACGUCGCCAGCGUGAUGCGGGUGCUUAAUUCGCUGGUUCGCGCGCAGAGCCUUGCGCUGCUCGGUGCGCUCUGGCAAACUGGUGUACUCGCUGGUCCGAGUAUCAAUGUCGCUCUGCGAGCUUCGUUCGACUCUGCACCAUACUUAGUAGAGCUACUAGAAACCGCCGCCGAAGAAAACUCGACAGCAUACUUCCCCAUCCUCGAUCGGAUAGCUGACGGUCACUUUGACAAAGCAAAGACGGACCAGGAACUCUUUGAGUCUUUUGUAAAGCUACUUGAGACAGAUGAACACAUUACCGACCCCUCUACGCUUUCUUCCUUCCAGUUUGCGCUUUCUGUCCGCUCCGCCGCGCCGCGCAUAGAAGCACACUAUCAGUUCUAUAAUACAUCCGUGGAGCCCUCGCUGGAGGGAGAACAGGGCGCGGAUUGUGAUACAUGGGUAGCAUUCGGAGGAAAGCAGUACUGCUCCUCGGGAUUGAAAGAAAGUCAUGGAAGCAUUAAAGGAGAACGAACAAAAAAGUUACCUUUCGACCGUAUCCUUGGAAACAGCUCGCAUGCGCUCCCUUCUAUUCUCUACGCCGAUAUCACAUCACCGUCGUUCGCGAAAUUCCACAAAGUCCUACGUACGACCGCUGCAGAGGGAAAGACAUCCUAUCGCGUUCGACACAAGCCUUCCACAAAUUUGCCAAAGGCGCCUCUGGUUGUGAACGGAUACGGUGUCAGCCUGCAAUUGAAGAGGACCGACUAUAUCGUCAUCGAUGACCGACAGGCAGAGCAAGGCGAGAAGGCGGCGACGCAGAAAUCUUUGGAUACAGAGCUGCACGAUGACGAAGAUGUGUCUGAUCUGAAGCCGCUUUCCAAGGAUGAUAUCUCCGGGCUGAGUCUCAAGGCCGCGAGCUUUGUCAAGCAGAGCGAAAACCCAAUGGACACGCUGCUACGGUUGAUUCAGGAUUUCCCCAAAUACUCUUCCGCGAUCGUGGCGAAUAAUGCAUCUGAAGCAUUCAUCAAGGAGCAAGCGUGGAAUCUUGAACAAAUUCCUGGAUACUUCUCUCAACCGGGAAGCCAGAGCUUCUUCAUUAACGGAGUGCAAAUACCGGCCAGAGAUAUCAACCCGUUUGCAUUGCUGGAGCACCUACGCCAGGAGCGCUCCUUGAUUGGUGGGCUACGCAGCCAGGGACUCUCGGGGCCUGAAGCUAUCUCACUUCUUUCGCACUCGGCUAUCACAGAGACUCAGUCGGAGGAUGAACCGCAGCGUUAUGACUUCCGUGAUGAGAUUGAGGGUGGCGAUGUCAUUGUGUGGUUGAAUGAUAUUGAGAAAGACGAAAGAUACGCGAAUUGGCCCUCCACAUUGCAAGCUCUGUUGCAGAGGACAUAUCCAGGCAGUCUGCCUAGUGUUCGACGUGACAUACACAACGCUAUCCUUCCCGUCGAUCUAACUUCGGAGGAUGAUAUUACCUCUAUUGUGGAGACUGCCCUCAACAUCAUCGAACGCAACAUCCCUCUUCGGUGGGGCUUUGUUCCUAUCACUAGCACUGCGGGUGCAAAGGAUCAAGCUAAAGUUGUCUAUUAUCUCCUGGACACGUAUGGUUUGUCUUCCGUGACCAAAUAUCUUCAAGCUGUCGUUCAGUCGAAGACGUUCGAUCUCCCCAGCAAGAAGGUUUUUGAUGCAGUGGUCGAGGGUGCCGAGCUUCUCCCUGAGCGUGAAGCACUCGAACUCGCCGAUGUACUCGCAUCCGAGGAUCGUGAAACCCGGAUUGGUGGCGCGACUAAGUAUCUGAACCGUCUUUCUGCGAAUCAGCCUAGCGCUCCGUUCUUUAUCAACGGAAUUCCUAUGCCAAAAGUUGGCAAUUGGCUCGGGAUGUUGAGUCAACGUGUCUCGAUGGACCUUAGCCAGAUUCAACGAGGUGUUUUUGAACGAGCCUUCGAAGAAGAUACCUGGGUGCCGAAAUUCUUUCUGUUCCAAGCUUUGCCGAAGCGCAAUUCACUCAUCAUUCCCGAAGACGAAAAGAACGUCACUCUUGUCGAUAUGGCAGAGUUCGAAAGCGUGCAUGGAGAGGCUUUCCACAAGAUGCCAUCCGUUAAAGUCGCGGAAUCUGCGAGCCAAGCAGAAUGGGUGCACGUCACUGUUGUCGCAGACUUUGACGAUAAGAAGAGUGUUGAACUGCUUCGAGCUGUUGCGCUAUAUCGCGACGAGAACCCGAAUGUUGAAGUCAAACUCAUUCACAACCCACAGCCAGACGCUGCAUAUGCGGGCGUUUCUGAAGAUCUCUUGGAAAAAUGGGUCAAGUCCGGCCGUGCCAUCAGUAUUGAACUAUUGAUGGACGUUUUGAGCCCGCCGAUCGUCAUGACACCUAGCACGGCCAAUGCGACAGCUUUCUGGAAAGCUGCCGAAGGGAUCUACGAAGCUCUGGGUCUUCAACCCGGCCAGAGCGGAUUGUUGGUCAACGGUCGCUUUGUGGGACCUCUCUCCGAUAAAAGGCCCUUCAGUAAGGACGACGUGGAAAUGCUGGUCACGUAUGAGACGAACAAGCGUAUCCAGCCGUUGGGUAAAGCUAUCGAAGAUUUGAAAUUCGGCGAGAAGAUCUCAUCGCCUUUCAGUGCAGCCAAGAUCCAGUCUCUGGUUGCACUCUCAUCUGUUUCGGAUGGACCCGAAGGCAUUUAUGAGUCUGCUUCGACGGUCAGAGUCAAUUAUUUCAAUAAGUGGAAUCAGAGUCACACCGUCAUCACGAAAGGCGACCAUGACCAGGCAACCUUUCAGAUCGUCGCUUCGAUCGAUCCCGCCACGGAGCUUGCUCAAAGAUGGGUGCCGAUCUUGAAGACACUGUCAGACAUGGCUGGCGUCCACCUCAAGCUGUUCCUCAACCCCAAGGAAUCGCUCUCAGAAUUGCCCGUAAAGCGUUUCUACCGCUACAUCCUCGAUUCCAAGCCUAGCUUUGCCAAGGAUGGGUCUUUUCAAGAUCUCCAAGCUCACUUUAAUGGCAUUCCCAAGGAGGCUCUGCUGAAUCUGGCCAUGGACGUUCCCCCAGCUUGGCUCGUGGCGCCUGAAGAGUCUAUUCACGAUCUGGACAACAUAAAGCUGAGCUCUUUACCUGCUGGUGCGAACAUUGACGCUAUCUAUGGGCUCGAAAGCAUUCUCAUCGAGGGCCACUCUCGUGAUGUCACCAAUGGAGGCCAACCGCCACGUGGUGCCGAAGUCGUGCUGGCUACCGAAAAGGACCCGCAUCUUGCUGACACCAUCAUCAUGGCCAAUCUGGGGUAUUUCCAGUUCAAAGCCAACCCAGGCUUCUACAACAUACACCUGAAGAGUGGUCGUAGCCAAGAGGUCUUCACUCUUGAGAGUGCUGGACCCCUUGGUUGGGCUCCUGCGGCUGGCGAUGAGACUAGUGAACUUGUUCUCAUGUCUUUCCAGGGAACUACAUUGUUUCCUCGUCUAUCUCGUAAUCCUGGCCAGGAGCUUACUGAUGUUCUCGCCCCUGAAGAGUCUCUCGCCUCCGAAUUGGCUGAAAAGGGCUCGCAGCAGGUCAACAAGCUGUUCAACAAGAUGGGGUUGAACAUCAACAGCGAAAAAGUGUUGAAGAAGGGAGCCUCUUUCUUUGCAGGCGGAAAAUCCUCUACAGCCGCCAAACGUACGCAGGCCGACAUCAACAUCUUCUCGGUCGCCUCGGGACAUCUGUACGAGCGAAUGUUGAACAUCAUGAUGCUUUCCGUCACCAAGCACACCAAGCAUUCUGUCAAGUUUUGGUUCAUAGAACAGUUCCUCUCGCCAUCCUUCAAGUCCUUCCUGCCGCACAUGGCCGCAGAAUACGGAUUCGACUACGAGAUGGUCACAUUCAAAUGGCCACACUGGCUCCGCCAACAAUCCGAAAAACAGCGUGAAAUCUGGGGCUACAAAAUCCUCUUCCUAGACGUCCUCUUCCCCCUCGAUCUCGACAAAGUCAUCUUCGUAGACGCCGACCAAAUCGUGCGCACCGACAUGUACGAACUCGUGCAAUUUGACCUCCAAGGCGCACCCUACGGCUUCACCCCCAUGUGCGAUUCCCGCACCUCGAUGGAAGGCUUCCGCUUCUGGAAAACAGGCUACUGGGCCAACUUCCUCCGCGGCCGCCCCUACCACAUCUCCGCCCUCUAUGUAGUAGACCUCCAACGUUUCCGUGCCCUCGCCGCAGGCGACCGUCUCCGCCAACAAUACCACUCCCUUUCUGCCGAUCCAAACUCCCUCUCAAACCUCGACCAAGAUCUGCCCAACAAUAUGCAGUUCAAUCUCGAGAUCAAGAGUCUGCCGCAGGAAUGGCUGUGGUGCGAAACUUGGUGUUCCGACGAGAGUUUGAAAGACGCAAAGACUAUCGAUCUUUGCAAUAAUCCCCAGACCAAGGAACCGAAGCUCGAUCGUGCGCGCAGACAGGUCCCUGAGUGGAAUGUGUAUGAUGAGGAGAUUGGGGCGCUUGCCAAGCGGGUUCGAGGCGAGCAGGGGAAAAUCGAGCAGGUUGUUGAUAUUCAAGAGUUGGAGCAGAUCAAGGAGAGGGAGAAGAAGGAGGCUGAGGCGAAGAAGGAGGAAGAGGGAGAAAGGCCUAGAGAUGAGCUGUAG